AUGGUUGUGUCGUCGUCGUCGUCGUGGCCGAUUUUCGCCGUGUUCUCGAUUCUCGCCAUCGUUCUACUAUUCAAAGCGAUAACUACCAUCAGCGAAGAUCGCUAUUUUCGUCAGCGUCGAAUCAUCGAGAAGCUCAAUGAGCUCGCCGAGCUCAUGCCGCCAAUUGAGAACCCCCAAUUUUUGGAAUUCGUCAAUCUCCUGAAAACUAUGAAGGAGGCACCGAUGAUAAUUUUUUACGACUCGUCGAAUAUAGACAUCUUGCGCAAUCAUAUAUGCAAUUUGAAGUUCAUUCCGAACACGCUGCCGCGUCUCGCCACGAUUUCCUUUGAUCGCCAAGGAUUUGAGAUGGUCAGCAGCGAAUACCCGCAAAUUCCCAAUAUUUUGAUCGAUUUGGAGCCGUUGAAAUCGCAACUCUCGUCGAACGUUCAAAAUCGCGGCUACAUCAUCUACCAAUUGAUAUUGAUGACGCGCGCGCGAAUUUGUGCGGCUCUUGCGCGCAACUCGCUCGAUUUUUGGGCAAUGCAACAGGAUUCGAUAUGGACCGGAAAUCUCGUCGGAAUGCGUCUCGACACGCGAUUUCCCGACGCGAACCUCAUUUUCGACACCGUCGGCAACGAUCAGGUCGAGAUCUACAAUCGAAUGCGCGGCUGGAUAUGCGGCUCGACGUUUUUUGUGCGCGCCGGCGUCGUCAGCACGCAAUUCUUCGAGCAGGUUGAGCGCCUCAUGAGACAUCGACAGAGUCCGGAUUCGGCGAUAAUGACGUAUUUGUGCGGAAAUCGCAAAUAUAAAUGCCAGAAAUUGCCGCAUUGGAUAAUUUCAUCGUCGGACUAUUUUCUCGCCAAGAGGGACAUUGUCCCCGUCGUUGUUCAAGUCGACGCCGAUCAGAAGGCGAUGUCGAAAAUGGAAUUGUUCAAAAAAUCGCGUUUCGUGUUUCGACACAAAAAUGGCACGUGCGAUACAUCGGCGUUCGUCAGAAUCCGGCACUCAAUCCGAAACGCUCUAAAGGACAAAAUGCUUGCGGAUCCGCGCUCGCCGGAGCCGCUCCGCACCCGAAUAUGGUACAAACUUCGAUCUCUGCUCAACAUCGAUCCCUAUAACAACAAGCGAUUUUUGCAAGUGCACGAGUCGCUAAUCUAG